AUGUCUCAAACCACAUGGUUGAGAGGUCCCGUAUGUGGAGUCGACAAUUGUCGAUCGAGGCUUUACCGACUGGCAGCAGGAAGAAAAUUCUGCCAGUUUGGUCAUGUUAUGGAGGGAAAUUUGGAGUUCGAGGAUGAUGAUGGAGAAUCAUAUACACAAACAAAAAGAUUGAACAUUCAGCUUACCGACACUGGAUUUGGAUCUCGAUCGCAAGCCUCUGCUACUCCAGUGGCGUCAAACCUCGCUCUGACGAGACUGGAGCGUCUUCAUGGUGACUCUGGUAAAAUCUUUGUGUUCAAAUGUCUUCAAUGUGUGCUACAGAAAAUCACUCCCAGAAUCGUCGAUCAUCUUUAUCUGGGACUUGGGGCAGAGAAAGUGAUGUCUAUUCAUAAGAACCUUCUCAACACCGUUCGGCUUAUGUGGAUCAGAUUAGUGAAGCGGGUGUUCACAUCAAAAUUACCUACCAUUAUCGACUUAUACUCGAUAGUAUACCUUUCACUUCGACUGCUAAAUGAGGCGCCCAUAAAUAUAGCUGCUUAUUUGUUCAUGAUGAAGGAGAAUAAGGCACCCUUCAUAAAUGCCACUCUGUUGCUACCGGCGAGUAUGAUCAAGACCAUGCCGCUGCCUUCCUCAUACAUCAUGUUGACCCCCACCGCCGUACCUCUUGAGGAUCAAUUUUACCGGAAUAUCCUUAAAUGGACGCAUAAUCUUGAGAUUGUUGCCGUCGGUGCCACAUCUGCCGACUGCUUUCAUUACCAGGCGUUCGUGUUGUUCACCGAUCUUGGUAUUCCACAAGCAGCAUCGCUUUUGUAUUUGUACCACGAAUUGGUAUGGAAAGUGACCGACGGAGUGUUCAAACAAGGAUUCAAUGGGCUGGUUGUCGGCGCCGAAAUCCAAGCCAUAUCAGUCAUGUCGUUUGUACUCAGCGUCUAUUUCAGGUGCUUUCCAGAAAUAAUAGACCCCAAAGAGAUGCGCUUGAAGUCACAAGCAAGUGCUCCUUAUUUUGACGAUAAAUUGCAUAGAAUGAGCGCGCGGGAAGUGUUCAGCCUCUCAGAUGACGAAAUUCAACAGUAUUGCGACUGGGUAUACGAUAAUGUCGUGGCCUCUAAAUACAAGGAGUCACAGGACCACUCCUCUGAGCUCAAAAUGGGUCCCAUGGACAAGAAACUCUUCAAAAUAUUCCCCUUCGAGCGAAAUACUCACAGCACAGACUCUUCAGUUGUCCCCGAUAACACUACCUUGGAGCUUCAUCCCAACACCCUCACCAAGACAGACCUCGCAGGCGUCAAGUCUCGUCUACAAGAACUCUUCUGUCUGAAAUUUGGCCUCAAAGAGAACACAUACCUCCUCAACUACCGGAGAUUCGAGCUCGUUCUCUUCCGUGUAUUGAGGGCAGAGAAGGCCUUUAGCUAG